AUGGGAUUGCAGCAGUCGAAGCUCCAUUGUGUAUUUUAUUUCUUUCUAUUUGUGUUGUAUCGUAGUUGUAUUUUGCGGAUCCAGGCUUUGAACGCACCUCGGUUGGGGCUCCCCCGAUUAGGGUUUCGAGGAAGAGGCCCCGCUCGGAAGUGUGAGUGUGUGUGUUUGCGUUUGCGAGGCUCGUGUUCUGAGACUGAUUUCGAAAGCCCUCGAAGCCAUCAGCCGAUCGAGGGAUGGGGACGACGUGACGACGCCCUCUUAACUCUGCCGUCGAUGGAUCACAAGCGGCUACUUCUGCCAGGAUUCCUAUCCCCGGAGCUUUGCAAGGAGCUGAUCUUCAUUCAUAAAAGCUGUGGAGUGGUGGGCUAUCGACCGCAUGUUCUCAGCACGACUUUGUCGCACCUAGUGGCUACCAACUCAGCUGCACUCAUCAUGCCUUUCAUAGCGCUGCGCGAGAGGGUGAAGGAGGCCGUUGAAGAGUUUUUCGGAUGUGAGUUCGAGCUCUUCGUUGAGUUCACUGGUCUGAUUAGCUGGAGAAGGGGUGCAAACAUAGGAUGGCACAGCGACGACAAUCGAGAUUAUUUGCGACAGCGGCAUUUCUCGGCCGUCUGCUACUUGAACACUUACGAACAAGACUUCCAUGGCGGCCUAUUCCAUUUUCAAGAUGGCGAACCAGCGACGGUGGUUCCAACUAUGGGGACCGUCUUGAUCUACUCCGCUAACAAGGAGAAUGUGCACUGUGUUAAUGAGGUUACAGAUGGGGAGCGGAUCACGUUGGCGUUAUGGUUCACUCGGAACUCGACGCACGAUGAAGACAAGAAGUUAUUAGACCAAUUAGUUAACGUUAUGGCCCGCAUUCCCGUGGAGCGAGGCAAGCUGAGUGUUUCUCUGCAAGAGGAAUUGCGUGUACAAAACGCUGGUAUUUCCUCUCAACCAUCGCAGGGACAAGAGGGAUCAGAGGUAAACCUAGAAGAUCAGCCUUCCCCUGGAAACCAGAAUGAGAAUCUGGUGACAACCAACACUGUAACGAAGACUCCGUUACAUUCAUGUUUUGUUCCCCUGCCAGCAUCAACAAAUAUGUACUGGGUUAGUGAGAGCAAAGUAGAACUUAAACUCGGUCAAGAUGUUGGAGACGGAGGUGCAAGUGGAAACACGUCCCUGGAGGAUGACCAAGGGUAUUAUAUCUGUGUCGAACGGCUCGCAUCGCUGGGUUUCCAAUGUAUCGAACAACUUGAUGUUUCAGACAGCACGCCUGAUAAGCCUGUGAAGUUGAGGUAUCAACAGCAAGAUAUCGCUUACGAAUUUUCAAAUAUUCUGCAUGCCUUGCAGGUUGUGCAAUUUCAUGAAUGGAGAGGCAGCUUUCCGGCAUAUCUACAAAACAUGCAAGAUAUUAAGUGUGAUGAACUCAACAUAGUGAAAAGGCAAAGAACAUCAGAGUACACCAAUACGUGUGCACCUCAUCAUGGACGAUCCCCGAAUCUUUCGUCACAUAAGGGCACAUUGGAGACAAUGAUAACGUCCUGGGAAAACCACAUGAGCAUUCUGUGGUUGGAGCUAUCGCAAAUGUUGCCAGCUUGGCGAUCUAUCGGGGCGUUAUUUUCAAGAUAACGCAAGGAGCUCGGUCUGAACUGGAAACAUCGAAGCCCUUCCCCAUCACGACUGUUACAGAUAGGUGAAGUAGACUUGUAUCUUUGAAGAGGUGUCUGACGAAUACCGUAAUUCCUAGCCAUGUUGAGUAAUAUAUGCAAUUAGGACUAUAUGCAGAGGUCUGUGACUUAAGUUUCUUUAGGUGCAGACAAUACUAUUGAGCAAUACGAUAAAAAACCCACUAAUGGGAAAAAUUAAUUAAAAAAUUCACCAGCAAGAAAUGCACCUUUUCAAGUAA